AUGGUGAAAGAGAUGUUGGAUGCACGGAUUGUAGUACCCAGUACUUCCCCAUUUGCUUCUGCAGUUAUUUUAGUGAAGAAGAAGGAUGCCACGUGGAGGUUUUGUGUGGACUACCGGAGGCUUAAUGACAUCACAAUCAAGAAUAAAUAUCCAAUUCCAGUAGUUGAAGAUUUGCUUGACGAACUUAAUGGGGCUGCUUACUUUUCCAAGUUAGAUCUGAGGUCCGGAUACCAUCAAAUACGUAUGAGGCAAGGGGAUGAAUUCAAGACGGCAUUUAAAACUCAUCAUGGAUUGUGGGAGUUUAGAGUAAUGCCUUUCCGCCUUACUAAUGCACCAGCUACAUUUCAAGCUUUGAUGCAUAAACUUUUCCGUCCAUAUUUAAGGAAAUUUGUCCUUGUUUUCUUUGAUGACAUAUUAAUAUACAGUAUGUCCCUAGAAGAUCAUUUGCAACAUUUGAAAAUGGUAUUUGAAGUUCUAAGGGCCAAUUUGUUGUUCGCUAAAAUGUCAAAAUGCUGUUUUGGCCGACCCCAAAUUGAAUACUUGGGCCAUUUGAUCUCAGGCCAAGGGGUGAGUACCGACCCAUCAAAGAUUGAAGCAAUGGUGGAUUGGCCUUAUCCACAAAAUGUAUGA